UCUCGCUCGCGAGACAGCGAGCCCAGCAACUUGCCUUGGUGAUCCACGGCAUUCAAGAUAAAGGCUACCUGGAAUUUAUAGCGCAAAAGAGACAGAGGCAAUGCGGAAAUAGGUGGACAGUCCAUGUCACCGAUCUUGCAUCCCACUCCCAGGCUGAGGAUCUGAGAGGUCGCGGGGAUUGCAAUUAAGUGACAAGAAUUAUUUUUUAUUUUGUCCUUCCUUUUCGUCAUAGCGCUUAAAUUACCAGCUUUAAACUACACUUCACUGAGGAUUUGAAACAUUCUUUUUGCGUUUUGCAGUGGGCUAAGAAGAAAAAAUAUACCAGAGGAUCAAGCAACACUUUUUUUCUUCUUCUUGUGAGCAUCAACAUGGACGUGUUGGCAAAUUACAGUAUUUUUCAGGAACUUCAGCUGGUGCACGACACGGGCUACUUCUCGGCGAUGCCAUCGCUGGAGGAGAACUGGCAGCAGACAUGUCUCGAACUGGAGAGGUACCUACAGACAGAGCCCAAAAGGCUUUCGGAGCUCUUCGACGAGGAGCUUGACUGCCUCCUUACGCCAGCCUUCAUGAGGGGAGACAGCGACGAGGACCUGCUGGACCCUCUGCUGCCCAAUUUAUCCGACGAGCCCAGACCCCCACCUCUUCUGGUAUCCCUUCCCAAAAACCUCCAUGCCCCUACCAACGCCAAGAGUACCGACGCAGGGCUAAAAGAAGUCAGUGGAGGGGUUAAUCCCGCCCAGCUAAACGCAGUCACAUCCCUCACACCACCUUCCUCCCCGGAGUUGGGACGCCAUCUUGUGAAACCCACGCAGACUCUUACCGCCACAGCUGAUGGCACGCUCACGCUGAAACUGGUGGCCAAGAAAGUGGGACUUGGGGCAGCAAAGUUAGUAGCGACACAUUCGCUACCUUCGCCACCAAAUCGCGGGGCACAGAGCGACGGUGAAGGAAGCCUGGGAACAGUAGGCGGAGGGGACAUCCCGGAAAACAAAAAGAGGGUCCAUCGUUGCCAGUUUAAUGGCUGUAGGAAGGUUUACACAAAAAGCUCCCACCUAAAGGCUCACCAGAGGACACAUACAGGUGAGAAGCCUUACAAAUGCUCCUGGGAAGGCUGUGAAUGGCGUUUCGCACGAAGCGACGAACUGACAAGGCACUACCGCAAACACACUGGUGCCAAACCUUUCAAGUGCAACCACUGCGACAGAUGUUUUUCCAGGUCUGAUCACUUGGCUCUGCACAUGAAGCGACAUAUCUGAGGCCGAGGGGGACGGAAGAGAGAGAGUGAGAGAAAAAGAGUGAGAACGAAGAGAAGAACAUGUGUGCACCGCCCAUUCAGGAACAUUCACAACAGACUUUGGGUGCACUCGAGGGGUCUGGCCGCAAACGUCACCAGGAGGAACAUGCGAGGCAGCGUGGGCAAGCGUUGUUGGAUUCUACACACUCUCAAGACAGUACAAAAGCCUUUUCAUCAGCGAUUAGCCAUGCCUUACUGAGCGUUAGCUUGGAGGUCAGACACUGCCAAACACCACCUUUUUUUUUUUCCUCAUUCUCUUUUUGUACAGUAACUUACCAAUAGCAUGGGACAGUAAACUGAUAGCUACAUGUACAAAACUGAAACGCACAUGUCAUUCAUCACGUAACAUAAUUCUACUAGAGAAUCAACGAUCAUUGUACAUUCUGGAACUUCCCUUUUCUUCACAAUUACCAACCUGCAGCUAUGUCGUAUAAAGCAAGCAACCAAACACGGAAAACAACAUUGCCAAUACGUUCGGAGGAGUGACCAAUGGAAGUAGCGGCCCCCGAAGCAGUCUCUGCACGGGAAAAAUGAAAAACAAAAAAUACGGCAACGCUCAGGAUGUGUGCUGAUUUCUUGUACUCUUUCGCUCAGGAGCGAACUCUUCUCUGCUCUUCACGCCCGUCACCUCACGGGCGACCGAAAUGAUGCGCAGCGACACUUUCUUGCCUUUGUUUUUUUUUUUAAGACUGUUAAAAAAGAUGGUUUGUUUUCCUUCUGUGCUGAAAUGUCUUAAACUUCUGAAAAGUGAAAACUAACUUUGUGAACAAGCAUAAAUGUGCACAUACGGGCAACGGUAGGGAACUGUGAGCCCUUCUCAGUAUGCACAAGGUUCAGUGGCUGCUAUCUGGCACUGAAAUGUAACAUUGGAAGCAUAAGACAGGAACAGAAACCCCCAGAAAAGUUUGAAACUGCUGGCUUGGUAUGAAAGGACAGAAGUCUUCUAUUUUUCAUUUAGCUUUGCUCAGACUUGAUCCGGUAAAAGUGAACCAGAGUGCGUCGUCACGGACCUUUUGUGACACUGGAAAGAGUUCUUUUGCUUUGUGUUGAUACUGGCACCCAUGUAAGAACAUAGUCCGGUGCACUGGAGGAGACCAACGGAGGAGACGUUAUGGCGGGGAGGGACAGCUGGCAGGAUGUUUGACUCUCAGACUGGAGCACCUGCUGGGAUAAGGAUCCAAGAGAACUCAGUGGUAUCAGCCCAGACAAACUUUGCCUGUUUCGUAUCCAUUGUCUGCACUGAUUUUUUUCAAUGUUAUCUGUGCUUUUUUUCAUACAGUCAAAAAAAAAGCUCAAAAACAAAACAAAAAAAGCAUAAAAACAAAAAACAACUUGGAGGGAAAAAAGCAGAAAACAACAACAACAAAAAAUACAUUAAAAAAAAAAACAAUUUCACACAGACACACACCACAAUGCAGACAGAAUGGUUUCAUUGCUCUUGGCUUUUUCCUGAGAAAAACGCAAGAAGAAAAAAAGCAGAACAAUAAUUACCAAGUUAAUGAACAGCAUUAAAACGAAACACUGCAUGGCAGCCUCUUUCAGACAGACACACACACACACUCGCACACAUACAUGCGCAGCUUGCCUCUCAGCAUUAUUUGUUUUUGCACCGAAAUCUUCACAGCAGGGUUUUAGCAAUUGUUGUUUUGUAGGAUUGCGUUCCAUCCAGACGUCAGACGAUAAAUCGAGAACUUGUUGAUACACCCGAGUAAAUUAUGCUAAACCGGGCCUAGGUCUAGCUCUGUGUUAACAAUCAGCUUCCAAAUAGUGGGCAAAAAAAUAUAUAUCAUCGUUCCCAAGGUUGUGAAGCCUGUCAUGGCGUCACAAUCAGGGCGUUACCCUGCCGACCCUCCUCUUCUGCAUUGAUUUAUUGGCUGCAAGGGUGGAGGGGAGAUUGAAAGCCAUUAUGAUUCAGCGGUAACAUGUUCGGAGUCAUCACAGACUCUACUAAACAAUCCCAGAGUAUCCCUCAGGGGACUUACUGAACUUAAUGUUUGAUACCGUGACUCUCAGUGCAGAACUGCCUAAGACUGAAGGGUUGGUGCCUUUCUCUUGGUUUGAGUCCUGCUGAAGGCAGCUCUUCUAUCACACAUAGACACACAUACACAGACUUACACACACACCAUCACUUCGGUUUGACCACAACUACACGUUUGAUUUCAGUUACCAUUUUCAAUUGAUUUCCUUUUAUUUCCAAGUCAUUUUCUCCAUUAAAAUGCAGUCAUGCCAAAUUUUUGACAAAAUAGGGGAUGAAUUGGUUCAUCUCCAUUUAUGUACAAUCAGUUGUGGUUCGUGGCACUUUUUUCCGCAAGAAGCGGCCCGUAUAUGUGACGAUUGUAUGUAUGAGUUUCUGUAAAGCAAGCGAGCAGGAUGUAUUGUGUCAUGUAAACAUUGUCCAAAGUCCCACAAUUCCACAAAUGGGGCAACUGUCGACGGUGUACAGCAUUCUACGUUACAUCAACUAAAAAGUUAAAUUUCCGUUUUACUCAAGUGGUGAAAAGCUACAUUUGUUACACAAUGCUCUGCUCUCCUGUUUUUGCUCCCUACAGCGACGAUUCCACUUAUUCCUUUAGUCACCAUAUGGGAUAUAACAGAAGGAAUGCAGAGACCAAAAAACGUGUCAUAUCAUUUUCUUUGACACUGACAGACAAUGAAGCCAGUCUUCAAAUUAACACUUAAGGUAUACAUAUAAAUAAUGUCAGUUUAAACACAGUGCAAAGCAAUGUUAAAUGCAAAAUUGCAAACAAAAAAUCCCUUCUUUUGCCAACAUGCUCCAGACGUUACUAAAUGAAUAUGUAAUAGGCCAAUCAGAUUCAUUAGCAGGCAACAUGCCAUACAUAUCGCCUCACAUAUCAAGUGCCAUUUAAAACCCCGAUAUCUCACUCAUAGAACUACAGCAGCAGUCCAGUCAAUUGCACAGGCGUCUGAUGAAUACUUUGCCCAAAGAAUUACGCAUUUGCAAAUAAACUGCUGGGUGUUGAAUGAGAGAAAGAAGAAUUUAGUCUUCUCACAGUAUCUGCCCUUCACCAGCUUCCUAUGAUUUGUUCUUUAAUGUCUAGGUGAUCAUUGGCUUGGUCUUGAGUGUGUGUGCUUGUAAAAUAUGGUUUGAAUGCAAAGUUGAGGAUGAGUUUAGAACCUAGCCUUGAAAUUGAAACAGCGAAUUAGUCGCAUCGGUUCUAGUGCAGGUCACGCAUGUCUUUAGAAAUCACCAUCCAGGCGAUCGUUUUUAAAACGAUCGCUUACGUAAUUCGAACACGAUUUUAACUGUACAGAAGACCACCUUACCUACUGCGAGUUAUCCGUAUGGAGAUAAUGCUGUGGCUGAGUGUUUUACACGACAGUAAGAAUGUUUGAAAACAUUCUGAGGGAACAAAUUUUAAGUGUACUAGAUAUGGGAACUCUUUCGGUGAAGCUCCUUUCCCAAGCCGUUUGCUUUGUUGCUUCAAAGAGACUUUUGGCAGCUUAAAUUUUAUACAAAAAAAAAAAAAAAUGCUUAAAACGUCACAAGGGGGUUUUAUGAUAAAUGGUCAGAGGUGACAACUUUUCAUUUUUAUUGUCCGUAUUGGAACAUUUCACUGCAUAACUAACACACGUCAUUGUUACCGCUAGCUUAGUCUGUUUAAAUGACACUGCUGUCGAUUGUCUACAUAACAUUUAGUGGCAUUUCAAGAUGCACUUAUCACAAGAUCAUCGGAAUGAUUCAUACUUCAGCUUAUUAGAUAAAGCUUGUAGGUUCAUGGCACAACAUUAAUUGUCUUUUACUGCGUAUACACUCAAAUACUCAUCCAUAUAGUUUCCAGUCACUCGCAAACAGAGAUGAGAACUCUAAAGGACUCGUUUGACUUGAGAUAUACUGCAUCUUGAAGCGCAUCUGUAUCCGUGUUUGUCCGAACUUGAUAUGUCAGUAAGUAAGGUUUUCUCCAGGUCUUUCCCUUUGGCUUUUUUGUGUUCUUCACCUCCCACCCCAUCUAUCCCACCCUGCACCUGCAGAACCAUAGUCACUUCCUGAAAGCGCCGUCACUUCAGUUUCAUCCUGCAGUUAUGUUACCAGCUGUCAGCAAUCUCUUACCUAUGAAUGUCCCUAGACAUCACCAACCAGGGAGCAACCGGCCAACAACAGACCUCAAAGCUUUUACAGGUGCUCUCUCUCUCUCUCUUAUCCAAACAUGGAUCUUUCAGACGGGCUCCAGUUGGUAGAGUGGGUACAAGUCUGAAAAAAAAAAAAAAA